CCACCUCAGACCUUAGCAUAUCUUACCAUUUUGGCACAACCCCAUCAUCAUCAUCAUCAUCCAUGGACUGGUUCUCAUGGCUAUCCAGAACAAGUCUUGAGCCUUCUCUCAUCUAUGACUAUGGCCUCACCUUUGCACGCAAUGAGCUUCAAUUGGAAGAUGCUGACUACUUCAACCAUGAGUUUCUUCAGAGCAUGGGCAUCUCAAUUGCCAAACACAGGCUAGAGAUUCUCAAGCUUGUGAAGAAGGAAGAAGGAUCAACACGUCCCAAGAAGCUAUCUGGGGUCAUCAAGAAGUGUAUAAGGAAGUGCAUGAACAAGUUGGUUUUUCGUGAAUAUGAUCAUCCAAAGGACAUGCCCAUGCCUGUGUCAGUGCCGCCACCACCUGAGACAAAUUGGUAUCAAGGGAAAUGGAAAGGGGCUAUUGUGAAGAAUCAGGGAAGUGAAGAUUUUAAAGAAGAGAAACCUUUUCCUUUGCCCCCAAUGUAUAGAAGCAAGACCAUUGCACUUUCAGGACCUUUGGAUGGUAGAAUGCAUGAGAAAAUGGUCAACAACAAGGCCUUGAAGUUAUCUGGGCCUCUUGAUGGAAGGAUGAAUGAGAGAAUGAUAAACAUAAAUAGAAGCCCUUUAUUGUCUAGGCCCAUGGAUGGAAGGUUCAUAGCGACAACAAAGAGUCCAAGAGCAUCAGGGCCAUUGGAUGCAAGACUUAUGGUUGAGAAUAGGAGUCCAAGACUUUCAAGGCCUUUGGAUUCAUCAAGGACUGAAACUGAGAGCCCAAUGGGCUACAGUCCUUAUAACAAGCCCAAAGCUGAUUUUGAUUUUGAUUAUGAUGACGAUCACACGCUAUGGCCUACACUGUUUCAAGAUCUGAAACCAACUUGAUUACUUUUUGGGGUUUCUUCUUUUAGGUGUGCGCUUGAAUGGUUGGUGGCUUGAUGUUUGAGGUACCCUGCAAGAACCCCCAGAAUAAAGCAUUUGGUAAACGGGCUUAAUUCUUUUAGUCAAGAUAAUGCUUGCGAUGAUGCCCGCAACACACACACCAGCCAAAGUUAAAAAGGUGAGCUUGAAACAAUUUGGACCCACACACGAAACAGUUGAAGCAAUGAGGCCUGCACCAUGCUGCUUCGCUGCCUCAUUAUCAUAUAUGUGCCCUGCUAGAAGGGCUGAGAAAAGUAAUGCGCCAAGUGGAUUCCCCAAAGACAUGAAGUUGAACAAUAAGCCGAAGUGCUUCAACCCAAAAAGCUCUGAAACAGUGGGAAUCACAAUGGAAAAUUGCACGCCAUAGCAGACACCAAGAACUGCAAUUGAAAGAUAAAGUGUUCCAUUGAUAGCAUAGGCAAACAGAAGGUACAAGAUGAUCAUAAUCACUUGCGUGCAUGUCAUCCAAAUUGUCCGUGGCAUCGUUUUCGUCCUGCAAAUAGUCAAAACAUUUUGUAUAUCACUUCAUUUUAAAAUAAUUAAAAUAAACCAUAAAUUGUAAGAUACUUGAGUAACGUCCCAUUAGAAAGUGAAUGAUAAAAUUUUUACAAGACCCCACUAUGAUUAGUCGUAAGAUACUAAGUUCCAGUAAUUAUAUUUGUAUCUUCCUCUAACGUUCCAUAUCCUCUACAUAACACAAUUUAAAUCCCAUUUCAUCACACUUGCUCUACUUUUAUACUGCCAAACAAAGAAAGUAUAGGAGCAACCAUUGUAGUGAGCAAAUAACAAAGUUCUGGUCAAAAGUAGCAUGGCAUCUAAUUAUUCGAAAUCAUUACAAUGAAACCUUAAGAUUAAUUGAUGGACUGAACAUUAAUUGAUGUCACUUACCUGACAAAAUGCUCUGAAACAACUCCUCCACCAAGCCGACCCACAAAAUUAAAAAAGCUGAAAAGUGAAAGCAAGAUAGUAGUAUCUUCCGCACCACGAGCAAUACCAAUUUGAGCCAGAUUAUUAAGAACAGUAACCCCAGUUCCAACACCAACAAAGUAAACAAAAAACAGCAGCCAGUAAUCAGCCUUUACAACAGCCUCAGUAAACUUAAAAUUUUCCCCUCGUUUAGGCCUUCUCUCCUUCCUCACUGCUCCUUCACCCUCAGCCAGAAGCAUAGCCACCUCAGAAGAACCAUCCGCAUCAUUAAAAUUUCCAAGGGCAUUAGCUAAUGGAGAUGAUAACAGGGGCUGUAUGUUGUCAUUGCCACCUUCGGAUUCAGAGGCUUUUAGUGUCAUCUUUAUUGGGACAGCAAGUGGAGUCAUAAGAAGGAGAGCCAUCACAGCCAACAAAAUAUAUGACACACUAUCACUCACAGAGAGAAAGUCACCUAGUAAUGUUGUUACGAGGAUAUAUAUACCCAAGGCCACACUAGAACCUUGGAUAAAAAGAAAUUGCUCUUUAUGUGAAGAAUCUUCACCCAAAGCUGGAGUACAAGGCCGAACAAGAAACAUUGUACUGAAGCAUAAAACAGGAAUACCAAUGGCAAGGAACAAGAGGAACUUGGGAGAAGAAUUAUGAAGAACAACACUGUAAAUCUCGGUAAAAACCGCAGCACUAAGGCCCGCAUAACCCUUCAGGAUUCCUGCAACUGUGCCUCUACUGACAGGGAAAUUUCUCAUGUUGGUUACAAGAACAGCAGUGGAUAACCAUGCACAACUGUUGGUGGCAAUAGCAAGGGCAAGCCAUAGCUGCAACACCAUAGAAUUUGAAAGAGAUGAUAAUUAAUUAGACCUUUUCAAUACGAAGCACAAAUGCCAUGAAAAUUUUGAUCUUUUCAUGCACAAAUUACUAUAUAUGGCAAUCAUUACAAUGAAUCUAAUAAUAAUGCAAUAAAAUUACAAAUUUUAUUGAUAAAUGAAAAAAGAAAAAAGAAAGAAAGGAGAUAUUCUCCAUUUCAGACAAGUUGAUGCCACGAUUAUUACUGACUAAUAAUAUGACAUGAUUCCCAAAACUUGACAUAAAGAUUCUGUUUGAGAAAUAAAGAAUAACCAACAACCAUCAUAAACAGACUUAAGUGAAGUUAGUUAGUUAGUUAGUUGGUUAGUUAGCCAUCAUCGGAGAAAAAGAGACAGUGAGUGAUGUGAAAGACAAAGAAACAAACCAAGAAGUAAGGAGGCGAGGAAAUAGUUUGAGAGAUUGCAAGCCAAAGAAAACCGAAACCAA